UAUUAGUUUAUGAUCUAUUUGCUGUGCGUCUGGCAUGUAGGAUUAUAAAAUCAGAAGUUCAGUUGAUUUUUAUCAAUUUUUUUAAAAUAUUACAUUUAAAGUAUACUUGUAUCCAUUAAAUUUUAUCAUUCUUUUAUUAAAAUAAUUGUAAUAAUUCAAAAUCGCACUGAUUAGUAGAUGAAAAAAUGAUAUAAAUUCAUGGUGUCUGUGCUCCGACAUAAAUGUGAGAGAGGAAAGGAAGAGAGAUGUGUUGGUGGAUGAAUUACUACAAUUUGCUUAAUAGCUAAUAGACUCAAUUCCUUUUCUUUUUUAAUUUAUUGCCUUCAAUCUUCUUGGCAAACAUGGUGCCAUAGUAUCUGAAAAACCAAUACAAAUGGAUUAUGAAAAAAGAACCCAGAUGUGACAGCUAAGCGCGAAUUCCGGACCUUGCGCAUCAAAGUUCGGCGCUUUAAUCACAUCGUAAACCCGUGCAUCUAGACUUUAAAAAUAUUUCUGGUAUGCUUUUACGAUCUGUUCACGAUGUCCGCAUAUGCGACGAUACUGCCAUAUCUCAUCUUAGGAUUGUUAGGAUUUUCAUUAGGACACGAUGUCAAAGGUUCUUCAGUUUGUGAAUUUUAUAAUGAAACAAUGUGUACAGAAUCGCAACAAGAAUGUUCAGGAAGAGAAGAAUGUGGACCACAUGAUCCAGGCAAAAGAAAUCAUUGUUAUGUACUGUGGCAAAUUGAUAAUGUGACUAAAAAGUCUAUAAUUAAAUUAAAGGGAUGUUUUUUAGAUAGUAAUGAUUGUUAUGAUAGACCACAUUGUAUUGAAAACAGUGCAGAAAGAAAAAAAGAAUUAUUUUUUUGUUGUUGCGAUGGUAAUAUGUGCAAUCAGAAUUUUACAUGGGAUCCUCAUCCAACUUCUUCUUCUAAACCUAUUCAACCUGAUAUUCAUGAUUCAGAACCUGUUCCAAAUACGGAACAACAAAUAAUAACACUUGUUUUGUCAAUAUCAAUACCAAUGCUCUUGCUUGCUAUUAUUUUGCCAUUUUUAUACUGGUGUUACCGACGUCGAAAGUCGGGAUAUUUCAACGAGGUUUGGAAGGCAUAUGUACCAACAUUAGAACCUCUUCCAUUACCGCAACCAUCUCCUAAUUUGGGGUUGCGUCCAAUACAACUUCUUGAAAUAAAAGCUCGAGGUCGUUUUGGAGCUGUUUGGAAAGCACAAUUGAAAAACGAAAUUGUUGCUGUUAAAGUGUUUCCAAUACAGGAUAAACAAUCCUGGCAAACUGAACAAGAAAUUUUCAAACUUGCUCAUAUGGAUCAUGAAGAUAUAUUACGUUUUAUAGGCGUUGAAAAGAGAGGAGAUAAUUUACAAGCAGAAUUUUGGUUAAUUACUUCAUAUCAUGAAAAAGGUUCAUUAUGUGAUUAUUUGAAGGCAAAUGUUGUUACAUGGCCUGAGAUGUGUAGAAUAGCAGAAUCCAUGGCAAGAGGCUUGAUGCAUUUGCAUGAAGAAAUUCCAGCCAAUAAAGCAGAUGGCUACAAACCUGCUGUGGCUCAUAGAGAUUUCAAGUCAAAAAAUGUUUUACUUAAAGCUGAUAUGAGUGCUUGUAUAGCAGAUUUUGGUUUAGCAUUGAUAUUUCAUCCUGGCAAACCUUGUGGAGAUACUCAUGGACAGGUUGGAACAAGAAGAUAUAUGGCCCCAGAAGUUUUAGAAGGAGCAAUUAAUUUUACAAGGGAUUCGUUUUUACGAAUUGAUAUGUAUGCCUGUGGAUUGGUACUUUGGGAGUUAGCUUCACGAUGCACUGUGCAAGAUGGACCAAUAGGUGAAUAUAGAUUACCAUUUGAAGAUGAAGUGGGUCUUCAUCCUACUUUGGAAGAUAUGCAAGAAAGUGUUGUUCAUAAAAAAGAAAGGCCAAUCAUUUUAGAAACAUGGCGUAAACAUCCUGUACUUCAAUCAAUUUGUGAUACAAUGGAAGAAUGUUGGGAUCAUGAUGCUGAAGCACGUCUUUCAGCUUCUUGUGUAAUGGAAAGAGUUGCUACAUUGAGUAGGACGCUUGUUUUAAAUUCGUCGACAUUAAUACGAGUUGAUAAUACCAACGAGACUAUUACUACUAAGGAAUCUAGUAUGUAGUUGAUUUAUGUGUAUUAUAGUUUUAGUUAAAUUGCACAACUAUUUUCUGUAUCAUAAUUUUUGCGCAUACAUUAAUGAGGAAUGUUUAAAUAUUAUAUGAUAUUUUAAUAAUUAUUUUUUAUUUUGUUUUUCUCUUUGUUGUUUAUGAGGAUCUCUUAUUAUGUUUUAA